AUGGCUGCGAUCACGACUCCUGGUAAUGCCUCCGGCGGCGUUACGGACAAGGGACUUGGAAGCGACUUUGACCGCUCGGAGUCCAAUAACGGAACAAUGGCGAUAGAAUCGCUAGACCCUGAGGCAGAGAAGAAGCUCCUGUUCAAGCUUGACGCAUAUUUCGUGCCAAUCAUCAUGGUUGUUUACCUCACUUGUUUCCUCGACCGCAGCAACAUUGGCAACGUCCGAGUCGCGGGCAUGCCGGAAGACAUUGGCGCCUCGACGCAGGAGUUCUCGACCGCCGUCUCCAUCUUUUACGCGACUUACGUCGUCUUCGAGCCACCCUGGACCAUCAUGAUGAAGAGGAUCACCCCGCGCGUUCUCCUAACCGGCUUGUGCAUCAUCUGGUCGUUGGCAACAGUCUUCUCGGGUUUCAUCCAAAACAUCGGAGGCCUCUAUGCCGUGCGCCUGGUCCUCGGCGCGUGCGAGGCUGGUCUGUUUCCUGCGUUGAACCUCUACUUGACGAUGGUGUACAAGCGAGAUGAGCAGGCGAAGCGGGUGUCAUACUUGUUUGUGUGCUCGGCUAUUGCAGGCGCCUUUGGAGGGUUGCUGGCGUAUGCGCUCUUGAAGAUGGACGGAGUCAAUGGUUUCGCCGGCUGGAGAUGGGUGUUCAUUAUCGAAGGUGUCAUCAGCAUUCUCAUCGCGCCAAUUCUUUGGUUCGGUCUCCCCAACGACCCGUCCGAGGCGUACUUUCUUUCCGAUGAGGAGAAGAGGAUGAUGAAAGUCCGAGCCGCGCAAAGAGCUCAGUAUAUGGGAAGUGAUGAGUUCACCUAUGUGUCGGACCGUAUGCUUAUCCGUGGACCGCUCGUCUUUCUUGCAAACAUUCCCGGUAUCAUCGGCUACAUCCUGAUCAUCUGCCCGACGAGCAGUGGUGUCAAAUUCUUUGGCACCUUCCUGUGUGCAGUUGCUGUGUAUAACGGCCCCGGGCUCAACCUGACGUGGCUCAACGUCAAUGUUGCGCCCCAGUACCGCCGCGCUACAGCCAUUGGUAUGCAGCAGGCCAUCGGUAAUUGCGCGGGUAUUGUAGCAGGGCAGAUUUACCGGAAGGCGCCUUAUCUCCUUGGAAAUGCGAUCUCUGUCGGAGCGCUGGGUGUUGCGCAACUUCUUGUGGUUGCCAAGUGGUUCUAUAUCCGCCACUGCAACGAGAUGAAGAGGAAGAUUGCGAGCGGGGAGAUGGAGGACAAGCGGAAGGUUAAGACGGGCGACUGGGAGUUGGACUUUAAUUAUCAUUUGUAA